UAAUAAUACUGCCACCAGUGGUGGAUCAAGUAAAUUCAGGGACGAGCAAGAGGCCACAAACACACCAGCCAAGGGAAGGCAGUGGGUUACGGAGCUGCAGCAGAUUACAGAGGCAGGGAGAAGCAAGACAAUGGAAGGAUUUGGAAACAAGGAUGAACAUUUUAAAACCAGGAUACAGUGCAAGUCAGGAGUGAAAGGGGAUCAGGACUUGGUCAAAUUUGAGCUACUAAUGUUCUAGGAAUAGUAUGGAGCCAACUGCAAGAGACAAAAUAAAUAUUGGACCAGAGAGCAGUCCAUCCGUGGCUUCCAUAGAAAAUGGAUCUCAGAACCUCGGGAAGAGCUUCGAUGCUGUUGUAUUUGAUGUUCUCAAGGUGUCUCCAGAACAGUUUGCAAGUCAGAUCACAUUGCUGGACAUUACUGUCUUCAAGUCCAUUCAGCCCGAGGAACUGUCUGGUUGCGCAUGGAACAAGAGGGGGAAGCAUGCGUUGGCUCCUAAUGUAGUAGCUUUUACCCAGAGAUUUAACCAGGUUAGUUUCUGGGUGGUCAGAGAAAUUCUCACCAAACAGAUGCUUAAAACAAGAGUUGACGUUCUCAGCCACUCAGUUAAAAUUGCAAAAAAACUGCAGGAACUCAAUAAUCUCCAUGGCUUGAUGGCGGUCAUCUCAGCUUUACAAAGCACACCAAUAUUCAGGUUGUCAAAAACAUGGAUGUUGCUGAGCAGGAAAGAUAAGGCUACAUUUGAGAAACUGGAGACUUUGAUGUCCAAAGAAGACAAUUACAAGCAACUAAGAACUUACAUCAACUGCUUGAGAAAUAAACCAUGCAUCCCAUAUUUGGGUAUACACUUAUCUGAUCUCACCUACAUUGAUGCGGCAUAUCCAUCUGCGGCAAGCAUUCUAGAAGAUGAGCAUCGCUGCGAUCAGAUCAACAACGUUUUGCGGGUUAUCAGUGACUUUCAGCAGUUCUGUGUAUACGAUCUUCCAUCAUUGCCUCAUGUCCAGAAGUAUCUGAAUUCUGCGAGAUACAUCGAGGAACUGCAAUCCUUCUUGGAACAAGACAACUACAGAUUGUCUCUGAUGAUCGAGCCUGUGUCAUGUACUCCAUAUCGUGUCUCCAGAAGAGAAGCUGAAGGCUCGCGCUCCACCACUGAGGCAGUUGAAUAUUCUGAUGGUGAUGCCACAGCCACCUGUCUCUGCCUGACGCAUCGUCAUAGGAAAUGGCAGCGUGCUGCUUACAACAGUAGACGGACAAGCAUCACGGACCCCAAGAGGGCAACGUUCCCAGGAAAUCGACCCCAAAGUCUCCUGGACGACAGUGUGAUGGAAGAUGGUUUGGUCUGUGAGAUGCAGACCAGGGGCCAACCUGCCUGUGACAACUCUCCAGAUUUCCAAGAAGAAAGUUGCGGUGAUGGUAAGGAAAGAUUAAGGCCGUCCUUUGAAAGGAAUCGACUCUAUCGUUCUCUGGGCCCCAUGUCAAGGGGAAUGCAGAGCUGCAGCAGGAGUUCAGCCGGACCUGUACUACCCGACAGUCAAGGAUGUGUAACCAUUGAAAGUGUUCUACGAAGGAAAACCGUCCUGAAGAAUGGCAAGAAACCACUGGUGGCAGUGUGGACGACAUAUUGGGUCGCACUCUGUGACCAUCAGCUAGUCUACUAUGGAGCCAGAAGCCUGAAAUCAACUGAAAGAGAACAGUUUAAGUCAAGUUACAGCAAGAGCUUGUCGAUCGUGGGUUGGAUACCUCUGCUGAUGGAUGACCCAGACAAUGUGGACAUGUUCCAGCUCACGGAUCCAGAACAUGGGAAUUCCUAUAAAUUUCAGGCAGGCAGCAAAAUGAAUGCCAUGCUGUGGUUCAAGCACAUGAGCAGGGCCUGCAAGAUCAACUGGAGGCAGCUUCCCACAAACUUAAUCUCUUUUGAAUAAGUAGAGGAAGACUGAUGGAGGAAGAGGUGGAGAUCGUGCCACAAUGUACAGAUUUAGAUGGAGGAUGGUGGAUGUUUGCUGUGCGUGUGCCUGGUCUGGGAUGCACAUGUAAUCUCGUGCCAUGUGGUUUAUCAGCCUGUCGAAACUUGUGUUGUGGAGCAGAUCCAGAGACUCGAGCGAUAAUAAUAUUCAAAGCGCCACAGUGGGAUGAGAUAAAACUGUCUGACCAAUUCUAUCCUCCAACUGGCCACUGUCCAACAAAGUCCUGAUGGAAAAUGAUGACUAACUAGCAGCAACAUUGGGCAAUUUGAUUUAGAUGUGGAUUUCUGAUUUUGUGACUGGAGGGAAUGGUUACCAAUCUUCUGGACUGGAGAUGUUUUUGCAGAGUCUGUGCAACGUGGCUGCUGCAGUGAGCAUUUCCUGGGGUUAAAUUUUCUCAGAUGUGGCUUUGAUCUUUAUUGCACAAAUGGUUUAAACGUGGGGAGGCUGGGGAUUAUUUGCUCUCUAAUUGAAAAGAGAAUCAAUGUCUCUUAUCAAAUUUAAGCUGCGAGAGGGAAGCACAAGUUGUCCUUGAGCCUCAGUUGCAGCAUUACUGCUGUGGGAUGGAGAAUGGUGUAUGGAAUCAUCCCCCACUCGGGUACCCUUCAAACAGUGGAACAUCUCAGAUUGGGAACAGCUAUCAGGAACAUGAGUCACUCGUAUGUAUCCAAGUAAUCAAGGGCAUGAUGAGCUGAAGGUUAACAUACUCUGCCAACACUGCACUGGUCCUAGCUGUCUUGGUCUUUGGCUUGGCUCUGCUUUUUGAUCUGUAUGGAACUGUUGAAGCACUUUGAAAGGAGCUCUGUCGAAACAGGAAAACAAAUUUGGCGUGAUGGGACAACAAUGUGACAUACAUACCUACAUGAAAGACUGGUGCCAAUGACUCAAAACAGAAAAAAAUGUUUAUUCCUUUUUAAAUCAACUCUAUGGCUAGUUUGUAUUCCCAUAAAGGGGCUGCAUUGGACAGCACAGCUUGUAAUAGUUUCUCCAGCUGUUGUUGGAUCUGUUGCUGCUGAAAAUGAACAUGACACCCUCUGUCCAUUUAUUGUGAGCCUCAAGGUUUCUACCUGCACAAACUAACCAGAGAUACAAACCUUUAAUAUUCCUGUCUGAAUUACAUUGAGUGGGAUGGGUGGGAUUUGAUUUUUUUCAACUAUAAACCCAUGCUUUAGCCUUACAGAUGAGGCUCUUGUAACUGCAGGUUUAAGGAUUCAGAAUUCUAACUGGGAUACUAAUUCUACUUCAGCCACUGCUCCCCUAAUAUAGCUUCCUCCUCAACAAUGCACAGCUAACCUUGUUGGGUGGUGUCAUUAAACACAAGAUUCAUUUCCAGGAUCUUAACAGCUCUGGCGUUGACCCCUAUUGUGGCAUCAAUAUGACAAGUGUUGGAGCACGAUAAUAUUGUAACGGGUGCACAAACCUGGUGCUUUCUCUCCAUCCCAGCACAGUUGCUAAUUCUGUAAACUUUCAUUCCAUGACCUUUUGCCAUAAUGAUUUGGCUCUUUUAGCAGUUAUCCAGUAAGCUUUACAAUUUGUUGGAGAACCUGUAGCUGUAGGUUGUCCGUUAACUAUCUUGUUUCCCUCAUCUCGGAUAUUUAUUUUAAAACAAAUAAAUGAAAAUAGACAUCAUUACCCCUAUGAUUUUUAUCUUACCCGUGCCAGUUUGCUAGCAGGAGAUCUUGAGUUCCUGGAGGGGUGGUCAAACUGGUUCCUCUACUACUUUUGGUUUGAUUUAUAGCUUGUAUCCUUUGAAAGACACAAAAAACCAGAGUAAUUCAGCAGGUCAGCCAGCAUCUCGAGAACAUAGAAAGAUGAUGUUUCGGGUCGGGACCCUUCAGACAAAAAUCUAAGGCUGAAGAGUCCCAACCUGAAACCUCACCUAUCCAUGUCCUCCAGGGAUGCUGCCUGACCCGCUGAGUUACUCCAGCAUUUUGUGUCGUUCCUUGGUAAACUAGCAUCUGUAGUUCCUUGUUUUAAUAGGUGAAGAUUUGACCCCACCACAUGGGAGUGAUGCUUGUAUUUGGAUGUUAGCCCUGUACUGAUUGAGCAGGCAAUUAAUUACAUGGGAAGUCUCAGUAGCCUGUGGUUUAUACAUCAUUCAGGAGUGACGAGCCUAUGUUUGUUCAAUAAGUUGCCCCUUGUAAUCUCCUCCAUCCUAUUCCACCAAUGUGCUCUUCCCACACUUAGCUCCUGAGUGUCUGCCAAAUGUGUGUGGCACUAAAGGGCACAGCGCUGGAGUAACUCGGCGAAAUGAUGCCUGAUCUGCUAAGUUACUCCAGCACUUUGUGUCUUUUUGUAUAAAUCAGCAUCUGCAGUUCUUUGCUUCUAUGUGAUUGUGGCACUGCCUGGGGUGAAAGAGAUGCUGUUCCUGGGAAAUUGAUCUUAUUUGUUUUGCUUUACAAUUGUAAGGCUGCAAUUGGAAAAUAAUAUGAAUCAUUCAAAUAGAUUUGAAUCUUUUUUUAAAUUGCCAGGCCUCUUUGUUUUGCAGUCCACAUAUUAUACUGAAGGAUGUUAUUUAAUUUAUAUCCUGUCUGCAAUGGCCCUGGCACUUUCGAUCUCUUAUCACCACUACAUAAUGUUUGAUUUAGUUCACUGCUGCACUGAUGACAUUAAAUAUUGCUCGGCGUCUGCUUGCACCGUUCUCUUUCCAGCCUCCUCUCACUAAAACCACAUCCAUAAUUACCAAAUUAGUGGGACACCACCCAGCAAAAGCCCUAGAUCGAAACUCUGUGGUAGUAGUGAGUGAAUGUGUUUCAUGGAUGAUUAUGCUUGUUAGGGAAGGGUGAUUGAUUCUGUGUGGGCGGUGAUAAUCGGGUACACUUGUUUAGUGUGUGAAUUGUGAGAGAUUUUGGGUUUGGCAUUCUCACUGCCUAUGCUCCCCUGAGAGCCAGUGACUGCAGAGGGCUGUAAUGCAAAGGAAAUAUAAUUAAAAUAUGCAGAUGUUCAUCUGACCCUGACAUCCUGUGAUCUGAGAGUCCAGGCAUUGAUAAAUGAUGGAGAGGAAGGAAGGAGGGAGCCUAAAUAUUUCCAGCACCUCGGUGUUUGAUGGGUUCAUUGGUUCUGCAGGGAAUGUGGGAACUUUGCACCUUUGCACUGAGAUUACCUUGUUAUUAAAACUGCGAGCAUUGGCAGCAGGAUUUCAGCUAGAGACGAGGAACAUGGGGUUGCCAUAUUUUAACUCUAAUGAUGCAUAAUAAAAAUGGAGUUAUGUUUUGUAUUACAAACAAUGCCUUAAAUCGGAGCCUUUGGGCACAAUAAAGAAUUUGUAAAUGUAUCCUCACUUGUAUCUAACAUGUAUUAAUAUUAACAAUCCUUGGUAUUUUUAUAUAAAAAAAGAAUAAAUGUUUGUGAUG